AUGGAAGAUCAAGUUGGAUAUGGAUGUCAGCAAAGGACGAUUAAAAAGCAUGAACCCACCACUACGGGAAAGGUGUGGGCUUUCCAUCCAAAUUCGCCUACCCCGAACCUUAAAAAAUAUAAGCUUCCGCACAUUACAGUGAGCAAUGGAAUCGUGUGGCCUAUUGAAGAUCAUACCAGACUGUAUUGCACGGAUGGUAUGAAAAAUAGAAUUCUGUCGUUCACUUAUAAUGUGGAAGAAAAGACGGUUACUGAGUACGCUGGUGUCGCCUUUGAUUUGGAUGCAUGGAUUUUAAGCCUGGAACGUCCUCUCUACGAAGGCCAUGCCAUGCUGGGUCGUAUGACAAUUGAUAACAAUGGUCUGCUAUGGGUGCCUCUUUAUGGAGGUUCACAUGUCCUUCAAAUUGACCCACACACAAGAAAAGUGCAGCAAGCUAUUCGCAUAGGUGCACCAAUAGUCAGCGCAUGCGUUUUCGGAGGUAAGGAUCUAGAUAUUUUAUACGUAUCAACACUGGCAUAUGGUGCUGAUGCAGCUACAGCGGGUGAUCAAGGUGGUACGAUUUACGCCGUUAGUGGCCUUGGCGGCGUGAAAGGACAUGAGGCAUGGUCAUUCUUGAUGCUUCCGGGAUUUCUGCACGCAUAUAAAUGA